UUGGACAGAAGAGUCAGGCUUGAAGUUGUUGGAACUGACGCCAACUACUACAACCGUGCCUACUGGAUAAUAACCCCCCAGGAAGGUGGAAAGUUCAUCUUCGAGAACGUCGAGACUCAGCGUUACUUGUUCCAAACUGGCGAAGCAAUCAAAGGUGACUGUGGAAGCGAAGGUGGCUGGAAAAUGUCGAGCGGCUUUGCGGCGCCACUGACGCUUGGAACGGAUGCAAAUUACUACAAUCUAGCCUACUGGAAAAUAAUCCCCCAAAAGGACGGCAAGUAUUUUAUCGAAAACGUGGUGACGCAACGUUAUUUGUUCCAAGACGGCCCAGCAAUCAGCGGGAAUCGCGGAGACGAAGGCGGUUGGAAAGCGGCCUCAGGAUUCCAGGCUCCCACUACAUUGGGAACUGAUGCAAAUUACUACAACUGA